AUGGAAAGCAACAACGUUAAAAAGAAAGUUGGAACCCCUUCUGUUUAUAGAGGGGUCAGGAAGAGAAAAUGGGGAAAGUGGGUUUCUGAAAUAAGAGAGCCAGCAGGAGAUAAAAGAAGAAUAUGGCUUGGGAGCUUUGAUACCCCUGAGAUGGCUGCUGCUGCCUAUGAUACAGCUGCAUUUCACCUGAGGGGGCAGGCGGCCCAGCUAAAUUUCCCUCACUUGGUGGAUUAUCUUCCUAGUCCAGCUAGCUCAAGUGUUGAAGAUAUGAGAUUGGCAGCUCAAGAAGGUUCUUUGCUGUUGAAGAAGUCCAUUGGAGACCAGCAAAAUUAUGAUGAUCAAGCUGCAGCAGGAAUUCCUGUUACCGUGGUCGAUUAUGUUGCUCAGCCUGUCACGGUAGGACUCUCCCAGAGAGAGAUUCAGGCCAUUCACGACUUGCCAUUGGAGUCACCGAAUUACAAUAUGUGGAUGGAGAUGACAUCUGGUUCAAAGUUCUUAGGAGACCCGGUCAUUUUUCCAGAUGACUGUGACCUUGAAAUGACUGACUAUGUAGAAGUACCUGAUGAUUCCUUGUGGAAUCACUAG